AUUCUUCACCUCGCUACCUUGCAUGCCAGUCUGCCCGGAUCACUCAUAUCAACAGUCAGAGAUAGCAAAAAUGACCAGCGUAAAAGAGAACGGAGGUUUCAGCAGUCAGUCACACAAUCCCUCAAGAAGGUACCCCAGCAUGACGCCGGCCAAGAGGGACCUACUCAACCCCAUCGACACAAAGGUGGACCCCGUUGACCAGAAGGCCAAGACAAAUGAGAAAGAUCAGAUGGUUGGACUGAAUGAUAAGUUCGUUGCAUUUAUUGACAAAGUGCGCAACCUUGAGCAGGAAAACCAAAGGCUCGAGGCCAAACUGAAGAUUCUCCUGGAGCAAGAGCAAUACAAGGGCAACAUCGAUGACAUCGUAGCCGAGCUGAGCACCAACCUGCGCCGGCAGAUCGACAGUUUGGACCGGGACCAGCAGAAGCUGGCGGCGGAGCUGGACCGCAGUCAGGAUGAAGUGGAUCAGACCCGUAAUAAGUUUGAGGAAGAGCUGCAGAAGAAGAUAGAUGCAGAGAACGACUUUGUGAUCAACAAGAAGGACGUGGAUGAGGGCUACCUACAAAGAGUCGAACUUGAACUGGACCUCGAGGAGCUGAUGAAUGAACUGGAUUUCCUGAAACAGGCUUACAGUGAGGAGAUCAGAGAGCUGGAAUCCAUGAUCGUCAAAGAGAAGAUCCGGCUGAAGGCCAACAAUGGCCCUGACCUAGACCUGGAUGAGAUUGUAGCCUCUGUGAGGAAACAUUAUGAGGACAUAGCGGCCCGUAGUCGGGAGGAUGUGGAGCAGUGGAACCAGAAGAAGAUGGAUACUUUGGUUCUAACGGCUGGGAAGUAUGAGGAUGACCUGCGCGAUGUCAAGAAAGAGAUUGCUGACCUACUGAGGCAGAUCCAACGGCUGAAGCAUGAGCUCGAAGGACUGAAGAAAAAGAAAGAUGCCCUGGAGUUAGAGAUCACCCAGUGUGAGGACCGGAGCCAGGAGAGCAUAGACAAGGGACGCGGCCACAUCGGGGAGUUGGAGGGGGCCCUGCGCAAGGCCAAGCAGGUGAUGGUGCGCCAGGUGCGAGAGUACCAGGAGCUCAUGAACGUCAAGCUGGCGCUGGACAUCGAGAUUGCCACCUACAGGAAGCUCUUGGAAGGAGAGGAGAUGAGGAUGAAUGGAUUUAGGCGUGAACAGUUGGAUUUCUAAAAAGCUACACGCAACACUCUCAGCCCACUGACAAGCCUGAGCCCAAGAAAAGCCUGCUCGUCAAAAUCGAGGUGAAGGACGGCCGGGUGAUCUCGGAAAGCUUCACUGACUGAUUGACGAGACCCCGGUCCCAGUCCCCAUCCACGUGUUGAGGGGGGAAAAAAGAAUCAUUGUCCAUCUCAAUUUUAUCUGUGAACGAGCUGUUGCAAAUGUGUGUUAGUGUAUGCAGUUUACCCCUAAAAAUGUGAGCAUUGAUGGUUUGCGUCUGUUCCCCGUUCCCCCCAAUUCUGACCCUGUCAUGAAAUCAUGAAGAUUUCUUUCAUGAAUGUGUCUGCCUCAUCUGUUUUUGCUUACCAUUACUAUUACAGUUUUUGGAAACAGAUCUGUUUGCAGUCUAAAACAAUAAAUUUACUUUUGUCUUAAACCAGA